AUGCAUCACCUAGGACGGCCUAGGGAUUGCAUCCGCCCCCUUGUUUUUGUGCUUGGAUUCAUGAAAGUAUACAAUCAUCAGAGCAUAGAGGCAGUCAUCAACAGAUUUAUUCUUUUUCAAGACGUGCUCAGUUAUGUCCUUGAUGAGGAAGUCGAGGAUAUGACCACCCCAAUUCCACUCCCUUAUGGUGUCCACACGAAAAAUCGGAGGCAUGUGGACGGGAGAAAUCUUGUUUAUUGUUGUCGGCAACAAGAAGACUAUUUGAAUGUAGAGGAUGAACACCUUCUUGAACUUACGGCUGCCACGUCACUGGCUGGUAACGGUAACUCUUCCGUUUCGGUUCUGUUAGCUGGCUCGGGUCCUUCCCUUCAUCAAGCUGCUUCACACGCUGCUUCUUCUCACCCUUCAGUCUCUCAGGUGCUCAUAGUAGAUUCAGAAAAAUUCAAGAGCCCUCUGGCAGAACCAUGGGCAAAACUAGUCCAUUUAGUCCAGCAGCAAGGGGGUUAUUCUCAUAUAAUUGCUGCUUCAAAUUCUUUUGGCAAAAAUAUCAUGCCCCGUGCAGCUGCCCUUUUAGACGUUUCUCCAAUUACUGAUGUUACUGGAAUUUCCGAUGCACAGACUUUUGUGAGGCCAAUAUAUGCUGGAAAUGCACUUUGUACUGUCCGCUAUACGGGAUCCAAUCCUUGUAUACUGACGAUUAGAUCCACAUCUUUUCCUGUUCCCCAGAAAUCAAAUGACUCAAAAGCUGAGGCUUCAAUAUCCCAGGUCAACCUUUCAAACUUCGAUGAAGAUCUGAACAAGUCUAGAUAUAUAUAUCAAACUUCUCAGGAUGAUGAAGGACCAGAUCUUGGAAAUGCACGGGUUGUAAUUACCGGUGGCCGAGCACUGAAGAAUGCUGAGAACUUUAAAUUGAUAGAAAAUUUGGCCAAGAAACUUGGUGGUGCUGUUGGUGCCACACGUGCAGCUGUUGAUGCAGGGUUUGUCCCAAAUGACCUUCAGGUGACAAUUUUACUUCCUUUUAGAUAUAUGUCAUUUGGAGGAUUUGGAUUCCUAUGGGAAUGUAACAUGAUGAGGGAUUCUAAGGUUAUUGUUGCCGUGAACAAUGAUGCUGAUGCUCCUAUAUUCCAGGUUGCUGAUUAUGGACUUGUAGGAGACCUAUUUGAGGUGAUACCAGAGUUGCUAGAGAAGCUUCCUGAGAAAAAAUAAAGCAUGUAACAUGCAUCAGUAUGAACUGUGCACUUUCUAAAUGUAUCAUCUUAUAACAUUUAAAUUGCUAUUAUUUUUCCAAAAAUAAAGAAAAUGAGGUUUAUUGAUUAA